CUCUAGUCUACUCAUUCUCACCGCAUCCGUUGCGAGUGACGCACGCGUACGCUUUUACGCGGAGCAAUUUGGUACUGCGUACGUCGUGAGUUAUACGCCGUAUAAAAAUAUAGCCGGAGACAGACGGCGCUGUCUCAAGUUAAAUUUAAAUGAUAGCGCGGACGCUUCGCCUGGAUCUUCUUGAAUUUACUCCGACAUGAGAUUAAGUCGGGGCAUCGUGUGCGAGUGCGCGGGCGCGAGUGCCUGCCCCGACGGCGCAGCCAACGGCACUUGCAGCACGCAACCUGGUGGAUACUGUUUCGUCGCCGUCGAAGAAGUCCUGGAUGAUGCCGGCCUCGUAGUGCUGGAGAGGACCGCCGGCUGCUUGCCACCUGAUGAGUCUGGGUUUAUGCAGUGUAAAAGCUCGCAAGUCCCACAUCAGCACCCUAAAGUUAUUGAAUGCUGCGAAAAGGACCUUUGUAAUCGACACCUGAGGCCGCAACUGGCAGAGCCGCCGCCCUCCGUGCCGGAGACGCCCGCCCUGCUGCCAACGCAAGCCGGCCCGCCCGUAGCCCUAGUGGCUGUCGCCCUCGGCGUCGCCUUGGUGGCCUUCCUUGCGGCCUUCUGGCUGCUGCUCCGCAAGCGCCGCGGUGGCUGCAAGAGGCCACCCUCUCCGCCAGCGCCUGCACCGCUCGUCGACGCCUCAUCCGGCUCCGGUUCUGGGCUGCCGCUGCUCGUUCAGCGCACCGUGGCCAAGCAGAUUCAAAUGGUGGAAUCCAUCGGCAAAGGCCGCUACGGCGAAGUGUGGCUCGCGCGUUGGCGAGGCGAGAAGGUGGCCGUCAAAGUGUUCUUCACCACCGAGGAGGCGUCCUGGUUCCGCGAGACCGAGAUCUACCAGACCGUGCUCAUGAGGCACGAGAACAUCCUCGGCUUCAUCGCCGCCGACAUCAAGGGCACCGGUUCGUGGACGCAGAUGUUGCUCAUCACCGACUACCACGAGAACGGCUCCCUGCACGACCACCUCCAGGCCGUGGUGCUAGAUCCGCCCGGGCUCAUGGCGAUGGCCUACUCCAUCGUCAGCGGCCUCGCCCAUCUGCACAUGGAUAUCUUCGGCACCAAGGGCAAACCGGCGAUCGCCCAUCGCGACAUCAAGAGUAAGAACAUCCUCGUGAAGCGUAACGGGCAGUGCGCCAUCGCCGACUUCGGCCUGGCCGUGCGGUACGUGGCCGAGCGGCACGAGGUGGACAUCGCGCCCAACACCAGGGUCGGCACCAGGCGCUACAUGCCACCGGAGGUGCUCGACGAGAGGCUCGACGUGGCCAACUUCGAGGCGUUCAAGAUGGCAGACAUGUACUCGCUGGGGCUGGUGCUGUGGGAGAUGUGCCGGCGCUGCGCCACGGGCGACAAGGCGCAAUAUGUGGAGCCUUACGCGCUGCCGUAUCACGAGUGGGUGCCGCCCGACCCCUCGUUCGAAGACAUGCACGCCGUCGUGGUCCAGAAGGGCGUCAGACCGCCCGUGCCCGCGCGUUGGAUGGGCGCCGAGCCCCUGGCCACGCUCACCACGCUCAUGGCCGAGUGCUGGCACGCUAACCCGCCCGUUCGGCUCACGGCGCUGCGCGUCAAGAAGACGCUGGCCAAGUACCACUCCGACCCGGCCGCCAAGCUCGUCUGACCGCGGCUCCGAGCUCCGCACUCUCUCUCCGGAAUCUCCGCGCGUCGAUUGUCUCCCGCCAGGUGAGCGGGUGGACCGAAGUCUUCCGAAAGACGUCAGACCCGCUUUGGAGACGAUUGUGAUAUUUCGACAAUAACUUUAAACUCGGUGUCGUAUUAAAGAACCUGAAUCGGAAACCGGAAGUGUUCAAGUUAGUGAGGGAUAAUUCUAAGGAUUGUACUUAAAAGGUGUUUGAGAAAAGACUUAAACUGCGUGCAGCGUGUGAGACGUUUAAUAUGAGUUUUGGGAUGCCUUCGAGUAGUAUUAUUUUGUAUUGUGGUCGCCGCGCGUUCGAUUAGACCUUGGAAAAAAGCUUUUGAAAGCUGUAUAACAGAACUCUUUUAGCUGGAAUUGUUUAAAAACUUUUAUUGUCUUCCAAACAUUCCACUGUAAAAUUUCUCGAUCACUUUCAAAGGUCCAAUCGGAGGCAGACGAAGCAUUUAAUGUACAUUGUUUUGUAUAUAUAGGUGUUAGUGUAGUAUCAAAUACAUGUUGCUAGAUAAGUUACAAUAAAAUUUAUUAUAUAGAAA